CUCCGUAAACUUGACCGACUAAUUUUGAAUUUCUGACAUAUUAUCGGUAUCGGUGGAUGUGAUUGUUUUGGAAGGAAUUCAACAAAACUUGUUGAAAAUUAAUUUGAAAGAAAAUUCAAAGAUGAAAAUACGUGUACAGUUAGCCGAUUUUUUAAAAUAAUUUCGAGAAACGUUGUAAAGCUUCAUGCAAUAUAGUUACUUCGUGGCUACAACUUUUCGGAAUGUGCCAAUCUCAAUCAAAAACUUGUCCCGCAUCCGCAUGUUUCACCACAUUCCCUGAAUUCUUUAAAACUUCGAAUAUCAUAAUUUCCUUCAGUAUUGUACUCAGAAAUCCUGGUUAUUCUUAACGAUGGUCAAUUUUUUUUUUGCAAUUCCGUUCUUGCGAUCCUUUCAAAUGUCAAUAUAGCGAAUAUAAGAUUACAUAUAAGGUUAAUAAGAGAUGUGAACAUUAAACAAGCUCGUAUGAUUACUUAUGAUGGUCAUAGACAAUGGUAGAAAAUGGAGUCGCCGGAUAUGAAAAAGCAGAAGUUAUGUAAACAUACACAAUCAUUGUGCCGGUCCUUGAAUAAAAUUUGUGAAUGGGAAGAGUCUGAUAAUGUAGCAAUAAAAUAUUGCGAUGUUGGUGAAAUCUAUACAAAUGUGACUUAUGCUCAGCUACGCUCAACUUGCAUUGCAAUUUGUCAUCAUUUGCAAAAUGUAAAAGGUUCCUUAUUUGUGGGAAUAUCCAGCGAUAUCCCCAUGUAUUGUAUUCCAGGAUUGAUGCUCGGAAUAAUGUCGAGUGGUAGAGCUUUUGUUUGUUUACAAACUUCAACCCCAGAAGCUAGACGCAUCUGCCAUAAAUUGAAUAUCUCGCAUAUCUUCUCACACCAGGAAGUGCCUGGAACGCAAAUUGUUCUAGAUUGUGUGGUGCUCGAUCAGAAUAUCUUACUUACCAAAAAUGACGAGGAAUCAGAAGAAUGUUUUGAAUUUGAAAACGCUGAUGGAAAAUUUGCAUAUGCAACUACUACUUCUGGAUCAACAGGAGAACCGAAAAUUGUUAAAGUCACUCACGAUGCAAUAGUUCCAAAUAUUCUUGAUCUGAAGAAGAUUUUGGAAAUUUCAGAAAAAGACACUGUUGCUCAGAUUACGCCUCUCACUUUUGAUCCGAGUAUUAUUGAGAUAUUCUUGCCUUUCUCCAGCGGAGGGAGUUUAUUCAUGGCUUCUGGUGAUUUGAAAGACGAUCCAGAAACAUUACUACAAAUGCUGUUGAAGUAUGAAGUCUCUGUUCUUCAGAGCACUCCCUCGCUUCUGUUACAGAGAUGGUCGAAUGAUGAGUUGAAAAAGAGUCUUCUUGGAAAAGAUACGAAUUUAAGAAUACUCUUGAUAGGAGGUGAACAUUUUCCGAGUGAGAAGAUUUUACCUAACAUCCGCUCUCAUGACAAUCGAACGAGAAUUUUCGAUAUUUACGGUAUAACAGAGGUUUCGUGUUGGGCGUGUAUUCGCGAAGUUGGAAUAAAUAUUGAUUCUCCAUCAUUGGGAUCAAUUUUAAGCAAUACGAUUCUUGAGAUCAGAAAUGACAUGGGAAUGCGAGUCGAGGAAGGUGAAGGCAUUCUUUACAUAGGAAGCGAUUCUCGAGUUUGUGUUAUUGACGACGAAGACAUUGAACACUUGCAUAAACCAGUAUUUCGAGAUUCAGGAGACAUCGCUGUGAUUAACCGAAAUGGCGACAUAAAACUGAAAGGGCGACAUGGUCGUCGCGUCAAAAGAUAUGGAAAAAAAAUUUACCUAUCAAAUCUGGAAUCUCAUGUGCAGCAAUUAUCAUUUGUGAAAAAUUGUUAUGCUUUAUUCGAGGAGAAGAAUCAAUCUCUUCAUCUCUAUUUCACGACGUUUGCAAAAUCAGCUAACGAGGCUGAACAAGAGAAAUGGCAAAAUGAAAUUUCAAGUCACACACAUGCAUUGGAUGAUAUUUAUCGACCAGACGAAAUCACGAUGCUGAAUCAUUUUGUGCUAACGACUAAUGGAAAAAUAUGCAAGAAUUCUUUGAAAAAAAAUUUAAGAAAACUGGACAAAGUUUCCAAGAAUAAUAUCAGUAAAUUGAACGUUGCGAAAACAUUCGAGAAUAUUUGGAAACGUUUCUUACCGGUUGAAGAAGAAUUAGGAUUUUUAAAUGCUGGUGGGUCUUCUGUAAUCGGUCUACGCAUCGCUAAUUUGUUUGAAGAGAAAAUUGGUGCAAAAUCUCCAAAACUUUUAAGCCUUCUACUUCGAAAUGAAAAUUUGAAAGUAUGUCGCGAAUAUGUUGUUACGAGUCAAUUAUCUGAUUCCUCGAGCCAUGGACAGAUUUUUACGAGCAUUGAAACAUCGAUUGACGAUAAAGACGGCGAUAGAACUGGACAAUUUUUUAAUGAAAAAAACAGCAAAAUUGUCGAAACCAGCCAGAGCGAAAUUAAACAUGAACGAUUCGUUACUGCAAAUGAGGAAAAACAUUUCAAAGGAUUCGAACAACAAAAAGAAAAUUCUGACAAACGUAUACCGUGGCAAAAAUGUCGAGGCCGGAACAAUUUCCAAAAUUUUGAUGGAUCCCAUAACAGAGGUUGGAUCGCAUCCACAAAAAUUCGUCUCAUGAAUCAUUACGAUUUGAUGAAAUGUGUUGAUGCCUCUCCAACAGUUUUUAAAUAUCCUGGAGGUCAAAGUUAUGUAACAGUUGGUUCACAUGCCGGAAUUAUUUGUACAGCAGCAUUAAGCAAAGACAAUUCUAAUAUACAUUGGAGAGUUUCGUUACCAAAUAGAAUCGAGGCUUCAGUACUAGUCAUUGAUAAUUUCAAAGGGAUCGUUGGUUCCUACGACGGUUUUCUUUAUUGCGUUGAUCUAAAGAGUGGUGAGAUUUUUUGGAAGUUCAAAACAGAUGAUAUUGUCAAAUGCACUGCCGUACUUUGUCCGAAAAAUCAAACGGUAUUCUUUGGUUCUUACGAUCGCAAAGCUUAUUGCGUUUCUCUGGGGAAUGGGUCUCAAGUCUGGGGUGCCAAAGUCGGCAAUGGGAGUUUUUGUGCAACUCCGUGGGUCAACGAUGAACUGAAUUCCGUUCUUUUUGCAUCUUUGGAUGGUACUUGCGUAUCUCUGAAACAAAGAAAUGGUGAAAUCAAUUGGUUGGAAAAAUUGGACUACCCAGUAUUUUCAGCUCCAGUUAUUUUGAAAACUGGAACCGCUAUAUUUUGUGAUGUUUCUGGUAAUUUACACUUUAUGUCUGCAGCUUCUGGUCAAAGGUUGCGGAACAUAAAAAUAAAUGGAAAUAUCUUUUCGGCCUUGACCGUUUACGAAGACCCUGAAACAAAACUUCAAAGUAUUUUGUUUGGCAGUGAGAAUCGAAAAAUUUACAAAAUGCAACUACAGCCCGAACAGGUAGAGCCGAUAUUCGAUUUUACUAAAGAUGUCGGUGUACCAAUAGCUUCAACACCAUCGACCAAUGGAGAAAUCAUAGUUGUCGCUGGCAACGAUGGUGAUUUGAAAAUUCUUGACUUCGGCAGUGGUGACGUAUUGUAUAAUUAUAAACUUGGGGGUAAUGUUUUUUCAUCACCUAUAAUUUAUGAAGAUUUUAUUGUUGUUGGCUGUCGUGAUAAUUUUUUGUACGUUAUUUUGAAAUAUAAUGAAGAAUAAUAAAUAUAUUAAAAGUGUA